UUAGUAGUGCUGCUGCUCUUUCUGCGGCUUCAAAUCAUUCCCGCAGUGGAUGGCCACGCGAUCGGUUCGGCUUUCAGAGAUCCAGAGUAUCGGUUUCCCGAGUGAGAGUGCCAUGAAGCCUUAGAAACUUAGGAAAUCUUACAGUUAAACAAAAAAUCAAACCUAAGAAACAGUUUAAAAAAAUCUAAAAAAUGAGCAACGGUCACACGAACAGUGGUUUCAACGGGGGAUCCGAGGUGUCCUUGGAUAUACCCACCAAUACCCUAUAUCACACUUCGCGGGACUGUAUAGUUCAGGAGGAGCAGGGACCCAACGAGAGCUGUUUGGAGGGCACCCAGAGCUGCUGCUCAAAUCUGUGGUCCAAUAUCUUUAGGAAGAAAACCCUGUACAAGAGAUUUCCCAUCUUGACCUGGCUGCCGCAGUACAAAAAGGAUUAUAUUUUCGGUGAUAUAGUGGCUGGGGUAUCCGUCGCUCUAACGGUGAUUCCCCAGGCUUUGGCCUACGCUGGAAUAGCAGGAUUGGAUCUGCAAUAUGGAUUGUAUGCCUGUUUCCUGGGCUGCUUUAUAUACAUCUUCAUAGGAUCUAGUAAGGAUGUGCCCAUAGGACCCACGGCCAUUUCAGCGCUGUUAUCCUUUCAAAUCGCCGGUGGAAGUUGGCAAGUGGCCACCCUGUUGACCUUUCUCACAGGACUCAUCGAGAUCCUGAUGGGUGUUUUCCGGUUGGGAUUCCUCAUCGAUUUCGUUUCUGGACCCGUGGGAGCGGGCUUCACCAGUGCCGUUUCCCUGAUCAUCUUCAGCUCGCAGAUGAAGGACUUUUUGGGCAUCAAGACCAGCGGCAAUACCUUCCUGCAAGUGUGGAUUAGCAUUGUGAAUGAUAUACACAACAUUAGCUGGCCGGAUUUUAUCCUGGGACUCAUCUGUAUUACCCUAUUGCUGAGUUUGAGGGCCCUGGCUAGCUGCACUUUGGGUCCCAAGGAAGGAAAGACCACCAGUCAAAAACUGUUGACUGGAAUAUUUUGGACCAUUGGAACAGCACGAAAUGCUUUGUUGGUUUGUGGAACCGCAGGACUAGGCUACUGGUUGUUUGUCAACGGAAAGGAGAACCUGGUGAAAACCGUAGGUUUUGUUCCCAAGGGAUUGCCCUCCUUCCAGCCACCUCCCUUCCACAUGGAUGCUAUUGUGAAUGGAACCACUGGGGAGAUCAUCCAAGAGGCCCAGAGCUUCUGGGACAUGGUCAGUACCUUGGGAUCUGGUCUCAUAGUGGUUCCCUUGAUUGCCCUCCUGGAAACAAUGGCCGUUGUUCAAGCCUUUGCUGAUGGAAAACCCACGGACGCCACUCAGGAGUUGAUAGCCUCCGGCGUUUGCAAUGUGGCCAACUCAUUUGUCCAGGGUCUGCGGAGCAACGGAGGCAUCGCCAGGGGAGCCAUCCUCAACGCCAGUGGAGUGAGGACCCAGCUGUCCAAUCUCUACACCGGUGUGAUCGUGAUCAUCGCCCUGCUCUAUCUUACGCCCUGCUUUUAUUACAUUCCUAAGGCGGCACUGGCCUCUAUUAUUAUUGCGGCGGUGAUCUUCAUGGUCCAGUACCGAGUGAUCAAGCCCAUGUGGCAUAGUAAAAAAACCGAUCUCAUACCCGGUUUGGGUGCCUUUUUCGCCUGUCUGGUUCUGCCCCUGCAAUUGGGCAUCCUUGUGGGCAUCGGCAUAAACGUGGUCUUUAUUCUCUAUCAGGCAGCCAGGCCAAAGCUGCGCAUCGAAACUCUGGCGACAACUUCUGGCCUGAAGUACCUGAUGCUCACCCCCGAUCGCUGCCUGAUCUUCCCCUCGAUGGAGUUUGUGCGAAAGGUGAUUAACAAGCAGGGCCAAAAGUCCACUUUACCAGUGGUCAUAGAUUGCACCCACAUCUAUGGAGCGGAUUUCACGGCCGCCAAGGUGAUCUCCACCAUGGUGAUGGACUUUAAGCUAAGGGAGCAGCCGCUCUUCUUCUACAAUCUGCAGCCGCGAGUGGCGCAGGUCUUCGAGGGAUUGAACAAGGAUCUGAUGGUCAUAUAUGAUAUUACCACCCUGCACAGCAAGCUGGCGGAGAAGUCACCUCCUCCGAUCUGAAGAGGGAUCCAAAGAAAUCCGACGGGAGAGAUCAACGCUGCAACCUCGUCAUGCGAUAGUCUUAGUCUAAUCUCGCUCUAGGUCUAUGUGUAUUAGUACUAGCAACUAGCAACUUAGUCUAGCUCGCCGAGGCCAGCGACUAAAACUUAAAAUGUGGACUGCCCACGCUCAUCGCCUUAGUUGAAGGUACCAUUAUACCAUUCCAUGUGGCUAAAGGCUAGCUCACCUUAAUUAGCAUUUAAGUUGCGGCAAUAUUCCACCUUUCCGCAGAUCGGUCUGCACAAUAUUUAUAUUUAUUCGGCCUCUGGCGAAACGCUGUGAAUUUCCAG